CUAGGGAACACAGUCGUUGGGAAGUGGAGUUCACAUUCGGGUGAAUUCGGAGUCUGCUGCUGCGUGCCUCUGGGACUUUGGGCAAGCACUUAACUCUGGGGCCUCAGUUUGCUCAUCUGUUGCAAUACGUAGUCUCUGAGCUCUAAAUUUUCAAUCUUUUGAUUUUUAAAAUAAAAGUGUCGGACAAGGAGAGCUUUAAGGUCCUGGGGCACUGAGACCGGACUGGGCCAUAUGGCACUGCCCGCUUCCCCAGAUUGAGGCAGCGCAGCCACCCACGAGUCCCGGGACCAAGGGAGGAGAAGGGAGUCCAGUGGCCAAGUAAAACCCCUCUGGUGCUGCGAUGUUCGCCCCGGGAUCCUUGCUGCUGUUGUGCGUUCUUGGGCCACCUUUUUGCUUCUUCUCUGCUCUAGGCCUGGAAUGUGAGGUCGACUGUCACCCGGACAGAGGGAUCUGUGACAAGGACCAGUGCAGAUGUCGACCUGGUUGGCAGGGACCCCUGUGCAAUGAGUGUAUGCCCUUUCCUGGCUGUCUACAUGGAAGUUGUUCCCUACCCUGGCAAUGUAUCUGUGAGGAUGGCUGGAUCGGAAGUCUCUGUGACAUAGAUCUCCAGUUGUGUGCUAACAAAGCCUGCCACAAGAAUGGGACAUGCACUGGUUCUGAAGAAGGAGGCUCCAGCUGUUCCUGUGUCCUGGGUUCUUCAGGAAGAAACUGUCAUUUUAAGGAAGGACCUUGUGUCAUUAAUGGCUCUCCCUGCCAGAAUGGAGGAGCUUGCAUUGAUGACAAUGGGCUUGCCUCCUACACCUCCUGCCUGUGCCCCGAGGGCUUCUCUGGCAACUUCUGUGAAUUGGACCUGAACAGCUGCAUCCCAAAUCCAUGUGAGAACGGAGGUAUGUGCACUGAUAUCGGUGGGGACUUCCGUUGUCGCUGCCCGCUGGGGUUCAUGGACAAGACCUGCAGCCGACGUGUGGGGGACCAUUGUGCCAGUGGUCCCUGUGAGAAUGGGGGUACCUGUGUGCCUCAUGCCAGAGGAAGCUUUGAAUGCCUCUGUAGGCCAGAAUUCUCUGGGCCCACUUGUAACCAUGGCCACCCAGGAACCAAGACCAAGAGGGGUCCUGGGCUGCCUGACCACCUUUCCUCUGAGAUGCAGGGCAGGAUUGCCACCCAUCAGCCCAACCACGGAAUGCUGAAAAUCACCAUGAGGGAGCUCACCAAGAACAGUAAACCUCUGCUUAAUGAAAGCCAGAUCAUCUGUUUCACCAUCCUGGGGGUUCUGACAUGCCUGGUUGUCCUGGGCACUCUCAGCAUUGUGUUCUUCAACAAGUGUGAGGUGUGGCUUUCCAAUGCCAAGUACAGCCGUCUCCUUCGUAAGAAAAAGAGCUUGCUUCUUAGGUACAGCAAUGGUGAUGAGCAUACCAUUAACAUCAUCUUACCUGAGAAGAUGAAUCUGAAAUCCUACAGUAAGUGCCUGAAUGAGAUAUGAGCACACAGUGCUGCCCUCACCAAGGCCUUCCUCUACAGAGUCUUAGGAUGUGUUAUUUUCAAGUUUGUGAUUGUGUGCUGUGUGGUUAGGAGAAUAGCUCUAUAUCUGUGUGUAUAUUGUAUUUAUGCUACCAGGGAAACUUUCAGACCCAAACAGAGAUGCUCAGAGAGCAAUUUGACUCCAACAGUGGGAUUUUGCAAAAGUUUUAGGUCUUUCCUUAAUGAAAGAGAAAUGAUGUGGUGGCAAGGACCCUGGAUUUCUUUUGAAUCACUGCUCUGCCAGUUACUGCCUAUGUCACCUAAACACAUUACUUCCUUUCUCUGAGCUUCAGUUACCUCAUCUUUAAAAUAAAAGGAAUCGUAUUAGGUGAUCUAAAUUGUCCCUUCCAGCAAACAGCCCUAUUCUUGGCUCUUUCACACCUUUUCCAGUUCACCAUUCAGUUGAUUGGCUAGCAAAGCAGAUCUGUUAACUAAGAGUGGAGAAUUUCUUCAUAAACUGUAAUAGUCCAUUGAUGAGAGUAUGCUUGGUAACUUUAUCCUGGGCAUUUGUUUUUCCCAUGUUCAUUAUUUCAAUAAUUACAGCAUUUGUGGUCUAAAUGUAUAGAAGGAGUAUGUAUAAAAGUGCAUUUGGAAGCCUAGUAGAAUGAAAAGAUCAACCUUGAGCUCAGAAGAUCUCCGUUCUCUUUUCAGAUCUGCAGGUAACUUUCAUGAACCAGGUAACUUUCAUCUUUGGGGGGGUUUUAUCUCUUAUUCUGAAAAUUUAAAGAACUUAGAUUCAAAAACACUCAAACUAUAAAAUCUCACAGUUUUGUGAUUUUUCUUUAAAUAGAAGAAAGUAACUUCUAUGAGAAUGGAUUUAGUCCACCUGAGACUUACAUAUAAUUCUUGUCAAUUUGAUUAAUUCUUCCUAUUUCGUUUUUUAUCAAAGCGAGUAACACUACCUUCCAUAUAAGUAUGGCCAUAACAAAUUAUUCUGUUUAUACCAAAACAUGUGAAUUUUGUCAACAACUAUUUCAGCAGACAUGUUACUCAGAAAAUAAAGUGUGAGGACCUAUAGCCA